AUGCUUAUAGACGUCAAGGCUUUGGAGCAUCUGCAUAACAAACUUUCAGUGAUACACCGAGAUGUGAAACCGUCCAACGUGCUGAUCAACACACAGGGCCAGGUGAAGAUGUGUGUUGGCAUCAGCGGCCACCUGGUGGACUCUGUGGCCAAGACCAUGGACGCCGGCUGCAAGCCCUACAUGGCGCCGGAACGGAUAAACCCCGACCUCAACCAGAAAGGCUACAGCGUCAAGUCAGACAUCUGGAGUCUAGGAAUCACAAUGAUUGAGCUGGCCAUCCUGAAGUUCCCCUAUGACUCGUGGGGUACACCCUUCCAGCAACUGAAGCAGGUAGUGGAUGAGCCMUCUCCUCAGCUGCCCUCGGACCGCUUCUCCCCCGAGUUUGUGGACUUCAGCUCCCAGUG